GAGCAUGUUUGGCAUGCAUACUAAAAAACAGUUUUUUGUGUUUUAAAACAAAAAACUAUUUUUAAAAACAAGGUACAUGUUUGGCCAAAAAUUUUAAAAUCAAUUUUUUGAAAACAGAGUUAAAAAAAACAAAAAUUAUAAAAACACCCCUAACUUGUUUUUAGAAAACAAUUUUUUGUUUUUUGUUUUUAUUUUCUAUUUUUCUCUUUCAAAAGAAGAUGCAGAGAACAUUGAGCGGCUACCUAUUGGGCGGCUAGGGUUUCGGCUGCUACAGAGAAGAUUGAGCCAGGUUCGUAUGUCUUCCUUCCUUGCAUUCUUUGCUUUUCAUUGUUUUUCUUUCUCCCAUGAAUCUGAACUGUUGUUAGGGUUUGAUUUAUUUGAUAGAGCUUCGUUCGGUAUUGCGUUCGACAUAGACGGUCUCAAGCUCUUAAACGAUUAUACAACAACUCUGGUCUAAAUUUUACUUCAAAACAACUCUCUUUUCUUAUGAUUUUCCUUAGUAACUUUUUUAAUCGUUUCUUUCUUCUUUGACAGGUGCUUUGAGAAUUCCUUAUAUAUUAUUGACCAAUGGUGAGUUGUUUGACUAAACAGAUUAAAUACACUCCUAAUGAUUUGAUUGUUUGCUUGUAUUUUAUUAUGUAAUCUGGAUUGGUGUAAGUCUUGUUGAAUUUUCUUCAACAGGAGGUGGUUUUAGUGAAUCAAAGAGAGCUCUUGAGUUAAGUAAACUCUUGGGUGUUCAUAUUUCACCUUCACAGUUACUCUAAAUUUGAUAAUGUUGGUUGACCCUUUUGCUUUUACUUUUUCUUUUUCCAAUUUUAGAUCUUUGUUGACUACUUGGUCAAUAGUGAUUUCUCAAUAAUGAGUAUAUUUUUCAUCAUUGAACUCCAAAGGGGUGAAUUAUGUCUCUUCAAAUUACAUCAGAAGCUUGUUCAUUUAGCAAGUUUUUUACCUAUGCUGGUUUGAUGAAUUAUUGAGUGUUAGUGAACAGAUAGCCAUCUUUGUAGAUUAUCUAUUAAAUGUAGUUAUUAUGAUGAUAAGAGUAGCAUGCAGCUUGAGUCAUAAAAAAUAAAAGUCAACACACUUAAAACUUCAAUUUCAGGGUGGCGAUUUAUACUUACAGAAGAAAUGGAUCAGUGUAAAAUAUGUGUGUAUAUGUUAUGUGACUCCUUCGAAUGAGAGAGUGUAGAAAGUAGUUGAGAUUAUAUGAGAGAGAACUGACCCUGUAUGCACACUAGAUAUGAUCAUAAGACUUGAUUGAGUCACUAUUUAAAGACAAAAUAGCAAUCUUAGUACAAAAUAAGAUAUAUUGGUCCUAUGUUAAUUCAGAUGUCAAAAUCAUGUUUGCCCAUAUAAUAUACUUGGAAUAAUUCUAAUGAUCUCAGCCUGGAGACUCCGCCCAGUUUGAGGAUAAUAAGAAUAUAACAUGUAUUAGAAGUAAUAUAAUGAAGAAUAUUACUUUUAAUUGUCCAAUACCUGUGUUUGUUUUGAUGAUCUAAAGAAAAACAGUGGCUACAAACUAGAUUACAUCUCGGUAAAUUUGUCUGUACUUUCAUAAGAAAUGUAAGAUUCUUUUGUUCAAAGAUCUGUGUUUGUAAAUUGUAAUAUACUAAUUGCUGUUUCUGUUUAAAUUAGCUUAUCAAUAUUAACUUUCACUACUACAGUAAUUAUAUUCAUAUGUGAGAAAAGCUCUACUUAUACUCUUUGGUGCUUUGGUUUGAUUGUAAUAUAACAGGAUUUGAUGCCUACUUAGUGGGUGGAUGUGUUAGAGAUUUGAUCCUGAAAAGAACACCUAAAGAUUUUGAUGUCAUUACCACUGCUAAUCUUAAGCAGAUUAGGAGUCGAUUUCAUAAAGCACACAUUGUUGGACAACGAUUCCCAAUAUGUAUGGUGCAUGUUCGAGGUUCUAUAAUCGAGGUUGGUUGGUUGGUGCUGCAUUUUUUGUUUUUAAACUAUUAAAAACCAUAACAAAAACAAAAUGUGAAAUGAAUCUAAGUGGAGAAGUUUGAAGGGUAGGUUUGCAGGUGUACCUCUAAGUCUAACCAUAUAUUUUAUUUGUGAAUACUUUGAUUAACCAUGCAUUUGGCUUUGUUGAUCUUCUGUUUACCAGAAUUGGCAUGAUUCAAGAUGCAUUUGAGAAGGGUCUAAUCGCACCAAAAAAGAUUUGAAAUAUGGCCAGUGAAAGUGUAGAGAUUGAUGAUGCUUGUUUAUGGGGAUCAACUAUAGAAAAGAUUUUUAUAGAUAUUAUGGUUGAUGAAGUGAAUAAAGGGAAUAUGAAAAAUGGUCAAUUUAGCUCAAAUUUAUGGAAGAAAAUUCUUGAGGACUUGCAAUGCAAAAGUAAGCGGAAUUACUCAAUGAAACAAGUUAAGCAAAAGUUUAAUAGGUUACGUACUAAGUAUCGCGAAUUUAAUGAGCUACGAAAACACACCGGAUUUGGAUGGGAUGGUCCAACACAAACUGUGGUUGCUCCAGAUGAAAUAUGGGAGAAUUAUUUGAGGGCACACCCAAAGGCGGCAAUCUAUCGCAAGAAAGGAUGUGAUCAUUAUGUAUUGUUGGAACUAAUUUUUAGUAAGUCUACUGCUAGUGGUAAAUUCCAUCGGUCUGCUGCUUUAGGUCCACCAAACACCGAUGAUGAAAAAGAAAUUGAAAAUGACUCUGAGCGCAUAGGCCUGAAUGACAUUGAUGAUAGUGCUAGUUUUAUGGGCACUCGGCUUGUUGAUGAAGUUUUUAGAAGUGAAGCAAAAACUUCUGUAACAAGUACAGAGCGAAAAGCUAAAAGACAAAGAUCAGAACAAAUGAGUGCUGCAAUUGCUGCUUGGACGGAAGUAGCUAAAGUAAGAGUUGAGACAACUUUAGCUAAAGCUGAAAAAAAUAAAAAUGCAAUUGAAGGGGGAAGUGGAAAUGAUGAAUUUUCUGUCACAAAAUGUAUGCAAGUACUUGAAGGAAUAGAGGGAGUUAGUGAUGAUGUCUACAUGAAAGCUGUGGAGAAGACCAAUCAAAUGGAUGACUCUAGCUCAUCUUCUUCUUCAGAUAGCGAUUUUGAUGACUUCACAGAUUUCUUAAUGUUUUACUUUUUAAAUGAUUACAAUGAGACAUUUAAUGAAAAAGUGCCUCAAAGAACAUCUGUGUUAAGUGAAAAAUUACAUUAA